AUGUCAGCCCCAGCCGGAACCGUUGCACUUGUCCAACACGCCUUGGUAAACAUCCGUACAUCGUCAAAUUACAGCCCUAACCAUACUCAAUACAACAUCAUCUUGAACCACACCGAGAAUCCAAACAAUGCCAAUGAUGGUACCUCUGGUUGGAGCUCAUCCUAUGUUGACCAAAACCAAUACAUUGUGUUGGGUGGUGACGUUCCAAAGGAAAUCGUAGCCGUUGCUACUCAAGGAAGAGGUGAUUUUGAUCAAUGGAUUACUUCUUACAAGAUUAGAUGGUCACUUGAUAAUGUAUCAUGGUUUGAUUAUAAUGGAGGACAAGUUAUCAAUGCCAACAAUGAUAGAAACUCGAUUGUUACGUUCAACUUGCCAACACCAUUGCUCUGUAGAAGCUUGUCCAUUCAUCCAGUCACUUGGAAUGGACAUAUUUCAUGCAGACUUGAAGUAUAUGCCCAGCCACUCAAGCAAACCUAUGUCCAACAAGGUCAAGUCUACACUGGCGACAACGGAGCUUUGAAUGCCGGUCCAGACGGUGCCCGUGAAAUCAAAGUCCAAGUAACCUUCCCCAAAAAGUUUAGAACCGUUCCACAAGUUGCAAUCACCUUUGAUCAACUCGAUAUUAGCAAUGCCAAGAAUAUCAGAUCAGGUGUUCAACCACAAAACAUUACCACCUCUGGUUUCGAAGCUCGUUUCUAUACUUGGAGUGAUACUAGAUGUUAUAGUUUAAGAGCUGAUUAUAUCGCUGUUGAAGAAAUCUAA